AUGGAAAACGGUGUUGCCAUGACUAUGGACGAGAAGGCUCGUGUGGACGCACUUAUCCGACAGUGUUUCUCCAAUGUGAACGACUUUGAUCAGCUCGUCAGCUACUCCCUGAGCAUUCAGUCAAAUAAGAAGAGUUUUUGGUCAAAAAUCGUACGCGUAUUCCUCCAUUGGAAGGAUGAACAACUGUCAUCAAAGUAUCCAACAACCAUUUUCGUUAAGAUUCCGCACAUUUCCGACAAUGUGAAAAAUACGGACAAAAAUGGGUUGGAAGCCGUUUCUGCUGACAACGACGCUGACGCCGAAGUCCUAGUCAAACUAACACAGUUUGAAGUUUUAUGGUAUGAACGUUAUGGAAACGAUUCAAUACCGUAUUUCCCAUUUCCUAAAUUCUAUGCUGCUGAACCCGUCACGGUGUCAGGGACCGGCAUCAUCAUUAUGGAAGAUUUGAGUGAACGUGUCAAAGCUAUGGACUUGAUUCCAGGAUUUUCUCCAGAGCAGAUCGAUAGAUUGAUGGAUGCUCUGGCUGGUUUCCACUACCACUUUAUAUCGAAAAAGGAUCAGUCAUGGGUUACCGAAUUCGAUCGAGUACCGGAGAUCGAUCCAGAAUUCCAAGAUCUUCAGUUCGAAUCUGCUCUCAAAUUUGAAAACAUUUGCCCGGAAAAAUUUGCGGGAAAAGUAAAAGCAUUGGAGGAAUGCUUUAGCGUCGAUUAUGGACAAACCGCACACUAUUCGUACAAGGAGCUUGAUGUUCCUCCGGUUUUAGUCCAUUUCGAUAUGAAUCCCACAAAUAUAUUAUGGAGCUCAAAUGUUCCUCCGGUUUUAGUCCAUUUCGAUAUGAAUCCCACAAAUAUAUUAUGGAGCUCAAGUAAAGGAUCAAAUGAGCUUGUUGCUGUCAUUGACUUCCAACUGCUACAUACCGGUAAUUUCGCUGAGGAUAUUGUUCGGAUUUUGAUGGUUUCCUUGUCACGUCACGAUCGCAAUAUUAUGACUGAUAGGUUUCUGAAGCGAUAUCACGAAACCCUCUCGAGCUGUUUUGAUGGGAAACCACCUUUCACUCUAGACAAGGUAUACGAGGCGUAUGAUCGAAUCUUUCUGUACGCGUGCAAUUUCGGCUUAUUUGGCCUGUCUAUUUAUCACGACAUGUGUGAUGAUCUCGAGAAGGACGAAGUCAGAAGAACAAAGUUCCAAAACGAGCUUGUCGAUCGGGCCUACGGAAUCGUGAUCGAUGCUGAACGGUUGCUUUUGUCGCGGAAUACUUGA